GCCCAUUUUACCAAGGUGACUGACGACUGGUUAUUAUUAUUAUUGCUGCUGAGAAGAAAUGCCGAAUUACAACCGGCCACGAUUUAUAAAACCAAUACCGCCACCGUAUAUGAAUGCUUCAAUGCAUCCACCAUCUACAAGGUAUAGGCCUACAUCAAUGUCUUCUAGUCGCUAUCCUUGUCGCCCUCCGCCGCCGCCGCCGCCACUGCCGCCUCCUCUUCGUCCAUCUCAUUCGCCUACAUGGGAUACAAACGUACCACUUCACUACUACCCACCAACAGGAUCAACACCCCUGCGUAUGCAUAGAGGCGGCGGUGGCCCACCACCAUCGCAAACAAGACCGAUAUACCAACAACAACAUUCAUUACUACAGCACGAAUUAUCAUCGGAUUGGUCAAUGCUUAGACAAUGUCCACCACCUAGUCAAUAUCCUGCAUAUCAUUAUACUCAACAGCAACAGCAGCAGCAACAACAACUGCAGCAGGAGCCGAGGCAAAUAUUCACCUAUGAACCUGAUCAAAACACUAUUGAAUCAAUUUUCAACUCCUGGUUAAAUUAUUAUGAACCAAUAUUUAUUGAAAGAAGGCGACAUUCUAAGGAGGUGAAUAGUAUAGAAAUACCAAUGUAUAGAAAUAUGUUAAUUAAAUGGUCAGAAUUAAUUAAAAGUUUUCAGACAAUUGAUGAACAAACUGCUGAGGACUCGUCUACAUCUUCGUCUUUAUCAUUACAACAAGAAUUGCAUACAAUCCAAGAAAAAUGUACCAAUCCACAUAUUAUUAGUUUAGUUGAAAAGAAACUUGGUUCAAUUCGUAAAAAGCGACGUUAUCUUAAACGUGUUCGUGAACGGAAAAGAAAUUUAGACUUACAGUUGUCACCAGUUAUUGUAGAAACAACAACUGGUAGUAUACUUCAGAGAUUGAAAUCAGACAUGUUAGCGUCAAUUGAACUGCCAAAAGAUGGUAAUUUCAACGAUGCAACCGCUACUACUACUAAUACUUCGAGUGACCAAGAUACAAAGAAGCAUCCCAUUGAUGAUGAAGCGGGUCAUGUCGAUGAUGGGGAUCGUAAUCAGGAUCCUAACAGACUACUACUAGCUGGUCAAUGUGCAACCGACGAACGGUGUAAAACUCCCUCACACAUCGACGAAGAAUCACCAACAAAGAAUAAAGAUUUUAGUUCUGCAUCUUCGCCUAUCUCUCCUUCUUCUUCUACUAAGCGUAUCAUUGAUAAAGAUAGUAAUAAUAAUAAUAAUACUCAUCGUAAUUGUAAUUAUCAUCAAAUGGAAACAAUCCUGAGUAAAUCAAUUGAUGAGUGUAAGACACGUAUAAAACUUUUGGACAGUUUACACCAACUACGUUCAGCACGACUUACACAGGCUAAACAACAAGGCGGUCUUUUUCCUCAUCAAAUCGAUGAAGUAUUCACCUUCAAUAUUAAUGAAUUGAAAAGUCUUCUAUCCGAUCAAAUUCAAAGUCUAGAAACGACGCAUACAAAAGUUAAGGAUAUACUUCGACAUCAAGAGAAUCUGAAAUCGAAGAGCAAUUAUAAUUCUCUUUCUCAAUCUCAAGGUAACUGUUGUAUCCAUGUGCCAAAUUUGCCGAAGCAACUACAGAUCGAACUAUUUGGUAAUCAGUGUACAAAUAACAUAUCAGAUAUUCAACAACGUUGGCAACGUUUUUAUCAUCAAGCUGAUUAUAAUUUUUGUGAUUUUAUACGAAUUAGAUAUGCAUGGGAUAAAUACUUGAAAAUGGAUACUAACACAAAUGAGGCAAAUGAUGAUGAUAAUAUAAAGGAUUAUGAAUUACCGAAACAAUGGAUUUUACCCGAAAUCAAUAAUAAUGCGGAGGAGGUGGAGAAGAAGGAGGAUGGCAUUGAUAAAGUGAAAGAUACUCUCGCUAAAGAUGAUAUCAACAGUAUGAAUAGUAGUCAUUGUCAAAAAGAUAAGUGGAGUAAAUAUUUGCGAUCAAUUCAUUAAAUGUAAAUAGUUAUUUUACUUUAUCUUGAUCCAUUUGCUAUCUGUAUUUGUGUGUGUGUGUGUGUGUGUGCGU